AGACAUGAACAACUGCUCCAAAGUAUGCAACAACUUAACACGAAAAAAGCCCACCGAGGACUGGUUGGCGGAAACCCCCCUUAAAAGAUGUCUUCACACACUAGACCUCACCUCUAUAGGGGUGGGCACUAUAGUGGGUGCAGGGUUGUAUGUAGUUACAGGAGAAUUGGCACGUGAUGUCGCAGGACCAGCGGUUGUUCUCUCCUUCUUUAUUGCUGGAAUAGCCGCCUUCUUUUCAGGAAUUUGCUAUGCAGAGUUUGGCUGUCGUAUACCCAAGGCUGGAUCGGCUUAUGUAUACACGUACGUUGCUGUUGGGGAGUUCUGGGCGUUCGUUGUGGGCUGGAAUAUGAUUCUAGAGUAUAUCAUCGCGGCAGCAAGUGUGGCUCGCGCGUGCAGCGAGUACAUCAACUCCUUUGCUCAAGGCUAUAUAUACAAGUUCUUCAUGGAGGACAUCGCGACAUGGAACGUUUCGGCUCUUGGAAGCUUCCCCGAUCUCCUGGCCAUGGCGCUGGCCCUGAUUUUUACCGGCAUAGUCUCGCUGGGUGCACACAAAUCGUCUCUGGUUAACAAAUUCAUGACUUUUAUAAACCUUUCUGUCAUCGUUUUCAUCAUCAUUGCUGGGUUAUAUUUUGUCGAUGGGAGGAACUGGCAAACCAAAUUUGCUCCUUAUGGUGCAAGUGGAGUGCUGACUGCUGCCGGAAGUUGUUUUUAUGCCUUUGUCGGAUUUGAUGUCAUAGGUACGGCGGGCGAAGAGGCUGUCAAUCCCAAGCGUUCAAUACCAUUAUCAAUAAUCUUGUGUCUUGCCAUUAGUUUUCUAUCCUACUUUGGUGUCGCCACAGUUCUUACUCUCAUAUUGCCUUAUCGUCAACUCAGCCGGUUCGCUCCUCUGGCAGAGGCCUUCGCCCAACGAGGAUUCAGUGGCGCCAAGUACGUCGUGGCGACUGGAGGGUUGUUCGCAACAAUGAGUACACUUCUGUCCAACUCGUUCGCGGCCCCACGAGUGGUGUACUCGAUGGCCUCCGAUGGUUUGUUGUUCAAUUGGUUUGGGCAUGUGAAUGACAAGACAAAAGUUCCCGUUCGCGCUGCUUUGGUUAACGGAAUUUUGAUUGCAAUAUUAGCAUUACUUCUGGACGUCAAGCAAUUGGUAAGCUUCUAAAAUCUGAGUUUUUAACUAGCCUAUCAAAAGUCGAAGGUCCGCAAUAGGUUUUUCAGGAUCGGGGAGUUAACCAUCAGGGCCGAGUUGUUCAAAGCUGGGUUAAGAUAACCCAGGGUUAGUGAGAGAUUUGAAUUCAAAUUUGAAAGCUUAAGAAGCAUUUCAGUUUGAAUUCUUUUGAUCUACAAGUUAAUGAUUGGAAGCUCUAAAAAUAACAGAGAAAAUUAUCCGAGAAAAUACUUUUGAACACAAGAAAAAGAAACGCGGGUUAAAUUUAACCCCGGGUUAAGCGCUAAUCGGCCUUCGAACAACCGGGUGCAGGAUUAAAGGAUUGCACGAAAUUUUGGGUCGGGAUUAUUUUUAUCAUUGUUAUUGUCAUUAUUAUUACUAUUAUUGUUAUUAUUAUCAUUAUCAUUAUCAUUAUCAUUAUUAUUAUUAUCAUUAUUAUUAUUAUUAUUAUUAUUAUUUAAUUGCAAUAAUUCAAGAUAAGAAAUAAUUAGCAUCUGCUAACUUGGCCCUCUUAUAUUUGCUAAGAUCUUCAUCAUUAUUGCGAUCACUACCCAAAAUCAAAUUUGCAUUUGGCCGAGCCUAUUCGGUCUUUUGAAGGUUUUCAGUGAGCUGCUCACUGGAUCCACUCGAUCCAUCUGCGAAAUACUUAUACCACACAUAUGAAAAAAGGAGAGGGAAAAUAGAAUUUUAACACUGCUUUUGCGAAGAACACUAUCAGAUAUAAAGAUUUCAAAGUUUUUAGGUCCAUAAUUAUAGAUUGCGGUAUGGUAGAUUAUGGCGCUAUUUGUCAAAAUUACUAGGUUGAGAUGUUGUCCAUUGGCACAUUGGUAGCUUACACGAUGGUAGCAAUUGCUGUACUCGUAACUCGUUACACACCUGGAGUGCAGAGCGUCACACUGGAAAAGAAUGGAACCAGCGAGAAGACCGCCAAAUGGCUGAAAACGAUAUGCUGCCGGCCUGGAGAAACAGAAGGGAAAGAUGGCGGUCUCACAGGUGUUAGCUACCAACAAGUGGAAAGCAACGACGGAGACGAAUUGUCGGAGGAAAGAACACCGGACGAGACUACAAGCUUCCGGGUUCGCGUCGCUACAUUUGUCCUGACUUUAUCCAUAACUGCUUUAGCAAUUUCCUUCACUAGAAGUUAUUCUUACUGGGCUCAAGGAGAUGCCUGGGCAAUUCUCCUGUGCUGUAUUUUUGGUCUGAUGAUCAUUGCGUCGUUGAUGUUUAUCAUUCGGCAGCCAAAAAAUUCCGCCACUUUCCCGUUCAUGGUUCCAGGGGUCCCUAUCAUUCCAGCAAUUACGAUAUUUUUCAAUAUUCUUCUGGUGGUGACGUUAGAUCACUGGACUUACAUACGAUUCGGCGUGUGGAUGAUCUUAGGUAAGAAAACCCCCAAUGCGCUAUGUAUUUACUACAGUUGAAACCUUCAUUAAGCGGCCACCCUCUUGGUAACGACAAGUAGUUAAUGGAGGUUGGCCGCUCAGUAGAGGUUCGUCACAAAUUAGGAUAAUCUUUCACAGAAACAUCACUUAUUUUAAUACUAACAGGUGACGAGAGCAGCUUUACUGUUCCGCAGUCAGUUGUUGCCUUCUAUCUCGGACUUUAUUUUCCGUCAUCAUAUUCUUAAAAUAAUGCCAAACUAAGUUUAUCGAGCCCUUGAUGGCCGCUUAAAGGAGCUGAGUCACGAAAUUCAGCCUAAUUAGGUAAUUACAAAAUGCCCAUUAAAUCAAGAGAAACGUAGAAAUAACCGCUUAAAACAUUAAGGGAAGGUUAAACACAACAGAUGCCACGGAUGGGCAAAACUGAAGAAGAUUUAAACGAAUUGAAAUUAGGGUUUUUGAAAACUGCUUAGCCUGACAGUUUUUUAAAGUUGAUCUCUGCUGUUUGCAACUUCAAAAAUAAUGCUUAGGAGACAUAUCUGUCUGUCUUGAAUCUCUGAUUUUCUCAUUUACAUGUAAUUUCUUUCCUUACUUUAAGUUCCAUAGCGACACAGCUCCUUUAAUAGAGGUGAAAACAAUGGAGGAACUCUUCUUAACACGGCAAAAUGGAGGCCGCGGCCGCUUAAUUGAGGGUGGCCGUUUAAUGGAGGUUCAACUGUAUUAUCACUUUUAUCAUCAUCAUCAUCAUCAUCAUCAUCGUCGUUAUUAUUUCCAUUAUUUAUUUAAAAAUUUAUUUAAAAAGUUGAAUGGGGCUGAGAAUGAUUAUAUGAAAAAUUAUGGAGAUUGAUAAGGGGUUUUCCUUCGAGGGCGGAGGUAAAAUGCCAUCAGUAUUGCGAGAUAUCGCUAGAAAAAAACAAUGCAACCGAGAUACUCUACCAGGUUGUGUUAGCUCAUUGUACGUUUCUGGGAAACUGUCCACCGACCCCUCCCCUUUGCCAACAUUAACACUUACUUCUGACUUAGGGCAAAAUGUUGGUUUAGGGGAGGGGUAGAUGGGCAGUUUCCCAGCAACGUAUAAUGAUCCGAAUUAUUUAGCCUGGAUAUUAAAACAAUUAGUAACAUCAUCUGUACAAUUAUAUGCAGGUCUCGGAGGGUGUUAUUCGUCUCGGCCGAUCGAUAACACCCUCCAUUGAGCGAAAUCUGUUUUAUUAUCCUGUUCAGUUUUAGCAAUGCUCUUUUUGACUUUUGGUUUUCCAUAGGUCUCCUUGUGUACUUCUGCUAUGGUUACAGUCACAGCGUGGAAGCCGUCAAACCUUCUGAAAGAUCAGAAACUCCGUUCAUUCGAUCGACAAUGCCAGAUUUCGGAACAGAAUUUAAAGAGUAUCCAUCACCUCGAUGAAUAUCUAAAUUUGAAGAAGCAAAGUGCAUGCCUUAAAUCGCCACUCAAUAAACUACAGUAGCUAUAGAGAAUGGAUACAGAUUUUUGUAACGUUUGGGUCGAAAAGAGGUAGUUAUGACUGGACAAGGCCAUGCCAAGUAACUAAUCAUCCAUUACCCGAACAACCCCCCCGCCCCCACCCCCCGCCUGUACCCAUUCUCGCAGAAGUGGCAAAUCAGUGAAAAAUAGAAAUAAGCAUUGUGACACAGCCUCUCCACAGGAGUUUUUCAUUUCAUGUUUUGGAGUGCAAAGCUUUCUCCAUCUCCAGCCACCUUUCGCUUGCAAUUUAUAAAUCCCCCUUUAUUUUUAUUUUUAUACGUGCCCUCCACGAUCUUCAAAGAGAAAAUUGAGGGUUUGUGAACAGACUAUGUGAUACAGCGAGAUGGAAUACAGUCAACACUCUCUAAGAUGGACCCCGAGGGUUGGGAUAGUUAUUUGUGCCCAGGAUCACUAAGGCCUAGGCCAAACGUCGAUGACCUUUUCAUGAGACGAACCAAACUUUAAUUUGGGUCGACCUCAAUUGACUUAAGAUCGUCUGUUGGAACAGAUGUAGAACUUAGAGGCAUCGAACCAAUCAGCUGAAUCAGACCAAAAAGCAAUAUUUUAAUACAUUUUCUCCCGAAGGAGGCUAGAUAUUCAUUAUCAUGCAUAUUUUUAAUACGUUUGUCCCGGGGACGAUCUUCAGACGUUUUAUCCGUCUGAAGCAGUUUGGACAUUCAGACGAACACGGCUUAACUGAGCCGGAAGUCGAACUUUUCAUCACUAGUUAAUAUAACUUACUAAGUUUGGUACGUCCAAUGAAAAGUUCGCGGACGUUCGGCCCACACCUUACAGCUACAAUACUCGUCACAAAUCGUUGAAACAGGAGCCAUUUGUCUUGAAUUUUCUCCAAAUUUCUUACAUUCACUCCUGACACCUUCGUUCUCACUUACGUUUGCCCCUCUCCUUCCCCAAUAUUGAGCCACGCGUAUUUUGGAGCAGUGAGACGACUGUAAUACCCAAAUCAACACUGGGGAAGGGAAAAAUCACACAAGUGUUUCAAGAUUUGUGACGAGUAUUGUAGCCUUACUCUCUUGGGUUAAUCAGUGGUUAAUUAGCCGACAGGCAAGAAAAAUAAAUUACUUAGGACUGACAAGGAAACAUAUACCUCUUUGCCGAUGUCGAUGUUAAAAUCGAUGUACGUGCCAUAGAAGGUGUCAAUUUAGAGAGAAGGUGCAUUGUACAAACAGGCGUCAAGUCUGAAAGAACAUGAAAAGGAAGUGAAAAUGAAGGGCAACUGUCGCGAGAGUCCCUGUAAACUUAUUUCUGUUUAACACGCAAUUUACAAAGGGAAAUCUGCAAAUCAGAAUCAGCGCUUUAAGUAAGAAAUAUGGAUAUGAAUGGAAUGAUGUUUUAUUUUUUUACAAAUGCUAUUUAUUGUGUUAUACCAAAUGUGCUUAUUGAGGGACGUUCAUCGCUCUCCCGAGAUGUUGGAAAGCAAUUUUCUCGUACUCUUUUGCAAUUCUGAAAAUUUGGACAGAAAGCUUUCUAGUCCGGUUGGCACUUACAUAGUAACCGUGGAAGGCGAAACUUAGCUUGUCAAUUGACUCAUACAAAUCGCGGUUCAUUCUUAUUAUUGAAAUCCCCUAGUUGCCAGAUCAGUGUUUCACAGCAACCUUUUUUACAACAGGCAGAAUCAAGCUAAAAUCGAAUUAUCGUAAGACAUAAACAAAUUGCCUUAAGAAAAUUAGAAAACUUUAGAAUAGGAAUGAAGAAUCUAAAGGCUGAGAGUAUAAAAUAUUUGGUGUUAAGUCUUAGUGCUUUAAACUGAAAUAAAGCCAAAAAAUGGAACUGAGUAUAACGUACGUGGUAUUGGACUAGAGGUUUCAGCUCUCUCCGGCCACAGAGGCUCCCGAUGACUGCUAUAAUCGAAAAAACGAAAGACGCGCCCCCUGCUACCCUUCUUUUUUUUCCACCCUCCCCCGGUCUCCGGAGCGAAAGAGAGAAAGGGGAAGGGUAGCAGGGGGUACGCGAGAAAAAAAAGGAAGAGGGAUAGGAGAGGGGUAGGGUUCAAUCGGGCAUUUCAAUUUUUACAACAAGAAAAGCAAAGCACUGCCAACGAUAAAUGGAGAACGUUUUACAUUGUUUUGUACGCAUCUCUAAUGACACCAUGUGACGGUGUUACUCAAGUUCUAGCAGUGGUUUAACCCAGCCACAAUAUCUACAUACGAGUUAUCUAGACUGAUCUCCAUGCAUUUAUUUCCUUAAAGAAUUUUCUCAGAGAAAAGAUUAAAGCAUUCUUCAUUUAGUGCUUGUUAAUUCUCAUAACUUUUCUCUUGUUCAUGGUUUUCAAAAAUACUGUUAAGAAAAAUUGAUGUAGUCACUCUUUAAAGAUAUGUGUAAUUAGUCGCAGGUACAAGUUCACUACAACUUGAAAACCGUGGUGGCCGUUCGAAAUCUCAAUUUUUUAAGCCGGUUCUAUCUGAGAACCUCAUUUAUGAUAUUAUCGCGUAUGCAAGCAUUUGAGAGCCAAAAGCGGAUUCACGCGCGUCGCGUUCACUCGCGCGUGAACACGAUCCACUCACAAUUCACGUGCCUCUUUUGAAAGCCCUCGGCUGGUUACAAGUGUUCGUGAUCCCUCAUAAUACAAUAUUGUACAGUCAAAAUUUACUGUAAAUUGAAACAUUUACUUAUAAAGUUUUCUUACAGCCCCUUUCAUUCAACUUUCUUUCCGCAGACUUCUCUGAGGAGAUGGAGCGAAGACAAUUUCUAAAAAAUUACUUUCACUUCCUCAGAAUUAUUUGGUCUUAUUUCAUGCCAUCUCAGGAUUACAUCAUAGUGAUGAUUCGUUCAAAAACACUUCAAAAGGUCCAAAAGCAAAUAUCAGAUAUAUUUGGGACAUUCUUGGCCCCGAAAAAAUAUUUAGAAAAUCUUUUUUUAAAAAAGUUUGAACACAGCAAAAAUGGCUGCGAAGAAUUCUUAUUUUUGUAUAUGUAUUAUAAUAGCUGUUUUCGUUUCAACAGCAGCGGAAGAAAGUGUCAUCGAGACCCAUCGAGAUUAAAAUAAUUUACAUUUCAAAACAUCUUUAAACCACCCGGUGGAUUCUACAGAGGCUAUGAUCUCAACAAAAAGUCCUGCUUUUUAAAAUACCAAACUGACAGAUACGUUCGCGAGUUCUUAGAGAAUAAUUUCAGGACAAGAAAUGGAGCGUUAGAAAGAUUUGAAUUUUCCUGCUUGUUGUCAUUUGCUGACCUAUUAGGGCGGCUUUCACGAAAACAAUCAUUGGUCAAAAACCAUCUGCUAUUGUCUAGAUACGUCACACAGUGAAGUGUCAUGCAAAUUCAACAACAAUUCUGAAUAUCGUUUAACAAUUAAAAAUCCUGAUUCGAUUUUCUAAUAUAUCACCGCUUCGAGAUACACACGCGAAGAGCUUCAGUACAAAUUCAAUUCCUUCUGAACAGAAGAAGGUUUACGUUUUCUAAACCACGAGGAGGUUAACUCGUUCAAGGGGAGCGAAUUUAAUUAUGACACUCAUUUAGAGACGUUUUAAAGCGAAGGGAGGUUUCUAAACCUUCAUCAAUUAGCUGUAUUGAAAACUGAAAACCCACCGGGGGAAAACGUUUUACAGUCUUCCGAUAUCACACUGACAAUGAGCCUUGUACGGUUUCUUCGACUUCUAUCGCGGCGAAAAGAGAUCGACAAUGAUCUUUCGAGCUCUCCGCUUCGCCGAUGCCUUAAUAUAUUUGAUUUAACUUCCAUUGGAGUUGGCGCGACCGUAGGAGCGGGUUUGUAUGUCGUUACAGGGCAGAUCGCCAGAGAUGUCGCCGGACCAGCUAUCGUGUUGUCCUUCUUCAUCGCUGGAGUGGCGGCUUUUCUUUCCGGGAUUUGCUACGCGGAGUUCGGUUGUCGGAUCACCAAAGCGGGCUCUGCGUACGUCUACAUUUACUCUUCUCUGGGAGAAAUAUGGGCCUUCAUAAUUGGCUGGAACAUGAUUUUAGAAUAUGUGAUCGGAACGGCUUCACUUGGCAGAGCAAGCAGUGAGUACAUUGACUCCAUUGUUGGUGGAGCUAUUCGAAAGUUUAUUAUCGACAACAUCGGACAGUUUCAAGCCUCCGGUUUGGGUUCAUAUCCCGACUUCCUGGCGUUUAUUCUCGUUCUGUUAGUCUCCAUGCUUGUCGCUACCGGAGCAAAGCACUCGGCUGUAUUCAACAAGGCAGUGACUACCAUAAACAUGUUGGUGAUCGUCUUCGUGAUUGUUAUAGGCUUGUUCCAUGUCGACCCCAGCAACUGGGCCGGGGCUAACCAGUUUCUCCCAUACGGUGUAUCAGGAGUUCUAGCCGGGGCUGCCAGCUGUUUCUACUGCUUCGUCGGCUUUGAUGUGAUAGCGACGGCAAGCGAAGAAACGAUAAAUCCAAAGAGAGCCCUUCCUUUGGCGAUCAUGUUAUGUCUCAUCAUCAGUUUCCUGGCGUACUUCGGCGUUGCUUCCAUUUUAACUCUGAUGGUGUCCUACGAUAAGCUGGACAAGUUCGCACCGUUGCCAGAAGCUUUCAAGUCCGCAGGUGUUUCAUGGGCUAAGUACGUGAUAGCCGUCGGCGGGCUGUGUGCCUUGGCGGGAUCUCUUAUGAGCGGGAUCUUUGCUGUUCCCCGUAUAAUGUAUUCCAUGGCAAGUGACGGGCUUCUCUUCAAGUUUUUCUCCAGGAUUUACGAGCGUACAAAUGUCCCCGUCAUCUCGAUCGCUUUUGCAGGUGUGUUGUCAGCAACCCUGGCGCUUUUUCUGGAUUUACAGCAACUUGUCGAAAUGCUGUCCAUCGGUACCUUACUGGCCUACACUCUCGUCUCACUGUCGGUUCUUAUCCUGAGGUUCCAACCAGGCGUUCAAGACGUCGAGUACGAUGAAGAGACCUCGAGCUCGGUACGAAGCUACAGAGUUAUAUGUUGCCAGAGUAUGCACCCUGAGUCUAAAGAAGCUGAAUACAAACCCCUGGAAAGUGUCACAAACGACAAGAAACCAGACAUCGAGGAUGAGGAAGGACCAACCGACACUACAAGUCAAAUCGCCGCGGCCGCUGUUGCUCUAAUAGUCGUAGGACUAACCGGUUUCUGUGCUCUACUCAUCGCGGGCUGGGACGCGCUCGGAGACCGAGAUGCCUGGGCAAUAUUCACAGCGGUUCUUCUCGGGUUUCUCAUCAUUUUUGGUGUGGUAGUGAUGCAGCUACAACCAAAGAACAAUGCCCAAUUUCCUUUCACUGUUCCGUGUAUUCCUGUGUUGCCUAUCGCCAGUGUUAUCGUCAACCUGUUCCUUCUUCUAAAGCUAGCGAAAUGGACUUGGGUACGAUUCGGAGUCUGGAUGGUCUUAGGUAAGGCACUGUUAUAUUUUCCUGUUUACAAUUUGUUUGUUUUCUAUUCAAAAAAUAUUUAUAUUAUUAUUUUUCGCUUUUUAAUUUACCAUGAUAAAUACCUAUGUCGACCCCUAUUUUAUUUCUUUUACUCAGUGAAAGAGCAACAACCGUGCACUUUUCCAUCGUUUCUUUUGAAUCCUUGGUAGUAGGUUCAGUUAACCUCAGUCCGAAAUAAAAUGUAUUCCUUCAUCUAUCACUUCAUUAUCAGCAAACAAUAGUCAGUAGUGCCAAUGAGUCAUAGAUACAGUAAAGUAGGCAGGGGAAUUCAUUUUAUCUUUGUUUUGUGUUUUAUUCCGGAAUAUUCAAGGACGUUGUCCAAAAACUUUCAAAAAACAAUGAAGAACUGUGUGUAACUUCGUAAAUACGAUUUGUCCUCGAGAAAUAUAGUCUUUUGACUGACCAUAUGCUGGCUUGAAAGAUAAAUUUAUUAUUCAUAAAAACUGAGACGGAAGAUGCAUUACACGAAUACUGAUUACAUGCCCACAGUUGCGUAUAAUUAUUGCGGAAUUGUUGCGUUGUACAUUUAGUCACCUCUCUUUUAAGCUUUUUUAAAACGGGUUAGUUUAUAAUACUUAGCGAGAGAAAAAAAAUUACUUUUGGGGUCAGAUAUUAAAUUAAAUAAUUCAGUUUGUUCGAGGCGGCUGUGACUAAGAAAAGAGAGAAGGUAGCAGACCCUCUCGAAUGAACAGCAUUAACUUUAUUCUUUAUAAUAUUAUGAAAUAUCGAUCUCAAAAUAAAUUCGAUCAGGCGCCUAAUUUUCGGUUGGUUUUCUACGUCUUUUGGUUGCUAUUCCUGUUUUCCUUUUUUUAAAAUAUUCCUCUCAGUACCAAGGGUGGGAAGAGCAAACGGAAUAAUUUAUUUCCAUCAUCUGGAGUUAAUUAUACAGUGUUUUUAUGCGCCGCUAAAAGCACACUCAUACUUUGUAACAGUGUUUAGUAGGUAAAUUAACUAAUUACGGAAAAAUCCUUACAGCAAAAGCCGGAAAAACCAAAACUACCCUGAAAAUAUUCAUGCUUAUAUGAUUUCGAAAAGAAAAUGCUAGCUCAACCUGUUUUUGUUGAGAGCUACAAAAUUCAGUUUUCAGAAAUAAAAACGAAUUAAUAAUGCAAAAAUCAACAUUUACGUUUUUUAUUUGUCUCGAUGCGUAGCUUGUAAUUAGUUAACAUUCUAACGCGGGGUAAAAUAUCUCUUUGUGAUUGCCAGCUGUAUACCACGUUACUCCCCCGGGUUGACGCAUUUCCUUUGAAACCAUGGAAGCAACUUACGUGGACUAAAUUCAGCGAUAGAGGACUUUCUUAAUGUAAUAAUUACGCUUUUGUCUUUCCUUUGAAAUGUGUGAAUUUUUAUUUGCCGCCAAAAAAAAAUUCCCUUUAUGUAAAAAAAGAGGAAGACUCGGAGGGCAUAAAAAGUUACCUUAGUAAAUUUUGCGCUGUUUUUUUUUUUUCUUUCUUUCUUUUCAUAGUCACGGUUUUCCUUUUUCGUCCAUUCGAAAAAGCUCUCUCUACAAAUCAUGUUCAAGUAAGCAAUACUCGCUAAUUGGCGUUCUUCCGUUGUACGUAGAAUCAAAUGCUAGCUUGACCAACUAAACUAAAAGUUUAAAACUAGUUUUCAAAUUUGUAGUCUGGUGCUAAUAAAAUCUUUCUGAUCACUGGGACGACUAAGACUUUUUAUAUUUGUCUUCCUUUGCUUUCCACAUCUAAUCAAUAAGGUUGGAUGAGUUUAAGACAGAAUGGCUUCUUUUAUAUUUCCAUGGUCAGUUUAGAUCGAACCGUCCUUCCGCGUGUCUUUUUUUUUUUUGCCAACCAAUAUGACUUAAUAUUCGCCCCUGCGCUAAAGUGAGAUAUUUUAAGUUUUUCUUUUAUUUUUAUUGUACAUUGAUCGUCAGAAGGACAGGUGUUUUUAAAAAAGGAUUUGGCAUCAACAUCACGCGCGUUCCACUCGCGUGUGCAUCGCGUAACUACUUGAUUUAAAAUUAUAUGAACAAUUUUCCAACUAUUAAAGCCUUUUACUGCCUCUCUUGCCUUUUUUUACUAGAUACGUAAAGAAACUACAUCUUUUAGUCCGUCUAAUUUUCACUCCCAAUUGGAACUGUAAAUUAAAAGGCAUGUUUUCAGUCCUGCUAAGACUUAUUCACUUCAGUGGUGGUUUCCUGGAACACUUUUUAUUUUAUAUUGCAUUUAUAUCGUACGCUUGUGUGGUCGAAAGCUCUUUUUAAGGAAAGUAUUCUUUUUUUAGCUGAAUCACGUUCUGUCCCACAAUUUGGACCACACAGAUUUGUUUUUUGGAAAGGAAAUUCUGGCGAUAAUAUUGUUUAGCGAAUCUUUUUCUUCCGAUACUGAGCCGGAAAAAAUGAAGUAUCUCACAUGAAAUGAAGUCUCAAAAAAUGUGAUUUUUUUGGCCUUUUGUGCCCUGCGUCUGACCGACUGUGCUAAUUACUUUAUUCUUUAUUUUGACUCCUGUAUGUGGUGUGUUUAAAUACUAUACUUGGUUUAAAUUUAAUUUAAGAUCUGUUUAAGCCCUUUCGGUGAGAAAAAAUAGAAUCCUAUUUUUUAAUCGAAUUUCAGGAUCCCUUAAUCAGCGCCAAUACAGUCCAAUUACCUAGGGCUGUUUGGACCCAAGGGCUGAAAUGGGCCCCAGUGUGGUCUGGAAUAGCUUUGAUGGGGCUGUUUUGGCUUAAAUGGUGCUCAAAUGGCUCCAGGAGGGGCUGAAUCAGACUUUGGCCUGCAGGGCUGAAUUGGCACCUUGGGUCUUAAACAUAUUUUUUUAAGUUCCAUUGUGGGAAAAGAAAAGGGAUCGAAAAUUGGAAGGGCGGGUAAAGGUUUCUGUGGAGAGUCUGGAUAAAAUCAAAAUUUAGAACUAAAACAGAUAGCCUCUUCAGAACAGUCGGAAGACAAAAAAACAUCUAACUUGAGCGGCUAUAAAUCGUGAUCUUGCGUCCCGCCCACGCUAAACAUCCAAUCGAAAACGUAACGGGGGUUUCGAAAACACUCCAAAAAAUCUUUGUUUGCGUUUUAGACAGCUGGUGUCAACAAUCAAAACCCAUUCGAGAAGGCUGAUAUGGACGCAGAGCUUUCGUUAGGUCUUGAUAACACAAACAUCUGAGUUUCUUAAAACGCAUUAGUGUUGAUGCUGUUUAUGUUUCACCAUUGUCAUACGAAAGCAGCAAAGGACAGCAAGUAGCUUCAUCAAUUCAGUAACACGAUGUUUUUUUUUAUCAAAACUAGGACAUUUUCUGAAGUGCCAAUGUGAGAACGUCUGUAAAAAUAUUUUGCCCUGAAAGCAGUGAACCUAAACGAAUUGUGGUUAAAAGGCGUGACAUUUAAAAUGGCGAUAAUUUAGAAAGUGUGUAUUAUUGUACGUUUCGUUGUUUAGAAGUAACUUUCCCGCAACAAAACUGAGACUUUUUUUUCAAAUCAUUUAGCUUCCUCUUUUUAAUUAAUGACGUUGCGUUCAACAAAAUGAACUGGUAUUUACGUUUUUUUUUAAAUUUGGCAGACCAAAGUGUAGUGUUGAAGUCCAUGUGUUGCAAUAAACAAAAUUAAGCGUAAAUGUGUACCUACGGGCCAAUACAAUGUUUUUCAUUCUUUUCUCUUGUUGUUGCUGCUGCUGUUGUUGUUUCGUUUUUCUUCCAACUUCCUUAUGCAGUAAGAUUGUAAAGCGGGAGGGGAGGCAAGGGGAGUCAACUGGGGAAUGACAUACUGGAGUUGAAUGAAAAAAUUUCCCACUGUAAUACUCGGAUUCGCCCCCUUUGCUUCCUUGACUCUAACCCCCACCUCCCUUCGCCCACCCUUAUUCCUUUGUGUUUUCUUAGUCGCGUUUUCUUAUCGUCCUUCUCCGUUCUUGUUUUCUCAUAGGAUUUGUCAUCUACUUUGGUUAUGGGAUUAGACACAGCAGGGAAGGAAGCACGAAACAGGACUCAAAUGACAACGAUUUCAUCCUACAAGGCACUCCAGAUAUCGGGCAGGAUGUAAAGACAGUUCAACCUACGAACACACCAGAAGACAAGAAACCUUUGCUAUCGAGCAGCGAAGUACAGUAA